GCAUGUGCGAAGGUGUCCGAACUGACAAUGCUCGUGAGAUGAAGAUAGUGCUGCUGCCGCUUCUGAGCUCAAGGAGGACGAGAGGAAUCCGCAAGCCGACGAGAUGAGAUCCAAGGCGAGGGCGAGAAAACUGGCCAAAAAUGAUAGUGAGGCAGUAGUCAGCAUGUACGACACAGAGCUGAACCCUGCAGCGGGUGAGAGUGCAGAGGAGGAGACGGAGGACAGCGUCAUGUCUCCGAUCGCUAUGGGCCCUGCCUCGCCCCAGCCCAACAACGAAGACUUCACCCCAAAAGAAGGCUCACCCUACGAGGUGCCUGUCUACAUUCCCGAUGACAUUCCCAUCCCCGCCAACCUGGAGCUGCGCGAGUCCUCUGUGCCGGGCGCUGGCCUCGGCAUCUGGGCCAAAACCAGAAUCGGGAUGGGCGAACGCUUCGGACCGUUCCACGGGCUGCACAGCACCACCGUCAAAGAGACCACUUUUGGAUGGGAGCAAAUGCUGAAUGAUCACGAAGUGUCGUCGCAGGAUAGCUGCAUUAAAAAGGUAGUAGACGACAUGGGCAAUGUGAAGUUCUGCCUGGAUGAAGCGCUGGAGGCUAGUGGGAGCUGGCUAAAAUACGUACGGGCAGCACCGUCCUACGAGGAGCACAAUCUGGCUGUUUGUCAGAUUAGUGAAGACCAGAUUUAUUAUAAAGCCAUUAGGGAUAUUGAAGUUGGGGAGGAGCUGCUGGUUUCUAUGAAGGACGGAGUUUUUCCCGAGGGCUCGAUGGCACCUAACCUGGAAGAUGAACAAAUGUACCGCUGUGAAGACUGUGAUGAGCUCUUCUCAUCAAAGCUGGAGUUGCGACGGCACCAGAAGUACUCUUGCAACACCGGCAGCUCUAUUUUCGAUUCCUUAAGUGAAGACCUUAAACAGGAGCGGGACGACAACGAUGAACCAGUGCAUGAGUGUAAAGACUGUGAAAAGAUUUUUCCCAGCGAGUAUAGUCUUGGCCAGCAUAUGGUUGUACACACAGAAGAGAGGGAGUACAAGUGUGACCAGUGCCCCAAAGCUUUCAACUGGAAGUCGAACCUCAUUCGUCAUCAGAUGUCACACGACAGUGGAAAGCGCUUUGAGUGUGAAAACUGUGAUAAGGUAUUCACAGACCCCAGCAACCUGCAGCGCCACAUUCGCUCACAGCAUGUAGGUGCCCGUGCCCACACCUGCCCUGAGUGUGGCAAGACCUUCGCCACAUCCUCAGGUCUCAAGCAGCACAAGCACAUCCACAGCAGUGUGAAGCCAUUCAUGUGCAUGUGUGUUCUACCAGGUGAGGUGUGUCACAAGUCCUAUACCCAGUUUUCCAACCUGUGCCGCCACAAGCGAAUGCAUGCAGACUGCCGCACCCAGAUCAAGUGCAAGGACUGUGGGCAAAUGUUCAGCACUACCUCCUCCCUCAAUAAGCACCGGCGCUUCUGCGAGGGAAAGAACCAUUAUAGUCCUGGAGGCAUAUUCACGCCAGGCAUCCCUAUGACCUCCAGUCCAAUCAUGGGCAAAUCCAAGCCGCCUGGCCUGAAUCACGGUGGACUUGGCUUUGGUGAUUACUUCCCAUCUCGGCCGCAUCAUCCCGGCCUGCCCUUCUCUACUGCCCCUCCUGCAUUCCCAUCACUUUCCCAUAGCUUCACAGGGAUAUUUCCACCAUCACUGUAUCCUAGACCCACAUUGUUACCCCCUAGCCCAUUACUAAAAAGUCCACUGAGUAACAGUCAAGAUGGGAAGCUUCCUCAUAGUCCCCUUGAUGCUCCUGCUCUCCCAAUGGUCACAUCUGUUAGCAAUACCAAUGGCAAUGCAGGUAGCGGCCUUAGCCAGUCAGAGGUGAAUCGUGAGUCUAAGCAGGAUCUGUCCAUUUCAGACAGCAAGAAUAAGGUGAAAAUGAGUGACAUGUCUGAUGGCAGCGACUUAGAGGAUGUUAACACCACCAGCGGCACUGAUCUAGACACCACCACUGGCACAGUUUCUGGUUCUGAUCUGGACAGCGAGGCGGAAAGUGAGCGAGAGAAGAGCCGAAGAAAACACAGACAGGAAGGCAAACAAGAGGAGGUCAACAGCAAUGUAGUGUCAGUGUCCAGCUCAGGUAACCUUCCUCACGACCGUCCUUUCCUCUCUUCUCAGCAUUCCUUCUUCCCCCCUCCUGAUGAGCAGGCACUCCCACCUACUGGUGCCACAACCGACUCUAUCAAAGCCAUCGCUUCCAUUGCAGAAAAGUACUUUGGGCCAGGCUUUAUGGGCUUGCAGGAGAAAAAAAUGGGCUCCUUGUCUUACCCUUCCAUGUUCCCCUUUCAGUUCUUACCCAACUUUCCACAUUCCUUGUACCCUUUCACAGACAGAGCACUCAACCCCAACAUGUUCCUAAAACCAGAACCCAAAUCACCUCGUGAGCACAUACAAAAAAUGGCUACCACCACUGCUGCAGAGUCACCCUUUGACCUCACCACCAAGCCCAAGGAAGUCAAGUCUUUCCUUCCACCCUCCAGCAAGCCCUCUAGUGCACUUCUUCCCAGCGGUGAGGAUCAGCCUCUGGAUCUGAGCAUUGGAGGCCGGAGCAGAGCCAGUCAGAAUGGUGGAACACCUGAGCAGCGUAAGAAUCACGUCCAUAGCACCAACUGCAAGAUGCCUGCUAAAGAGGAGCAUCCAGUAUUAAACCAGUCUCAGAACCUCCACCAACCCCAGAUGCCUCAGCAGCAAGUGUCCCUUCCACAACCUCCUCCUCAGCAGCAGCCCUCACUCCACUAUGCCAAGCCUUCGCCCUUCUUCAUGGAUCCCAUCUACAGCAGGGUGGAGAAAAGGAAGCUGAUAGAUCCUGUAGGAGCCCUGAAGGAGAAGUACCUAAGACCGUCUCCACUGCUCUUCCACCCUCAGGUGUCUGCAAUGGAGAACAUGACUGAGAAGCUGGAGAACUUUGGCACUUUGAAACUGGACGCUCCCAAUUCGCUACAGCACUCCUCACAUCACCUCUUUAACUUCCGCUCCCCUCCUCCUUCACUGUCUGAUGCUAUCCUCCGCAAAGGCAAAGAACGCUAUGCCUGCAGGUACUGUGGGAAAAUCUUUCCCAGGUCGGCUAAUCUUACCAGGCACUUACGAACACACACAGGAGAGCAGCCCUACAGAUGUAAAUACUGUGACCGUUCCUUCAGCAUCUCGUCCAACCUCCAGCGACACGUUCGUAACAUCCACAAUAAAGAGAAGCCUUUCAAGUGCCACCUGUGUAACCGCUGCUUUGGUCAGCAGACCAACCUGGACCGCCACUUAAAGAAACACGAGCAUGAGAAUAUCCCAGUGAGCCAACACUCCGGGAUUCUCUCAAAUUUGGGAACAAAUAUCUCCUCUCCAAACUCCGAACCUGACAAUCACGCACUUUUAGACGAAAAAGAGGACUCGUAUUUCUCAGAGAUUAGAAAUUUUAUCUCCAACAGUGAGCUGAACCAGGCCUGCAGCUCCUCAGAGAAAAGGUCAGAAAUGACAGAGGAUGAGCGUCCUGAAAGCCACGCCAUCACGGACUCCAAGCUCGAGGAGGAGGAGGAGGAAGCGGAGGGAGAUGAUGAAGACGAGGAGGGCUCACUAACAGAAAAGUCCCAGGACGAGAUGACUUCUCCCGCCACCAUGGUGCAAGGCACUUACGAUGACGAUGAGGAAGCCGCUCCGCUCUCCAUGACCUACGAACACCCACGCAGGUGUAUUGAGGAGGACGCAGGCCUGUUAGAUCUGGAGCCUCUGCCUGGCUUUCCAAAGGGCCUGGAGCUCCAUAAGCCUGCUGACGAGCCAUUUGAUGUUAAAGACAUUUUUAACACCUCCUUAGAAUCUGAGGCGCUGAAAGAAACACUCUUGAGGCAGGCUAAAACUCAGGCUUAUGCAAUGAUGCUCUCUCUGUCGGAGAACAACCCCCUGCAUCCAUCCUCCCAGAACUCACUAGACGCCUGGCUGAACAUGGGAGGAGGCCCUUCAGAAACCAGCUCCUUUCACCCACUCAACCAUAUCUAAGCCCAGAGUGCAAGGAGACGGCGAGUGGUCGGAGGGAAAGGAUGAGGAGGAGAAAGUGAGAGAGAGAGAGGACAGUAGGAAUGGGUAAAGACCACCACGAAGCAGAUGCAUGUGUUACAAUAGCACAUGAAGACCAGUGAUGCUUUCAGUAGAUGAAUCACCACUUCGACUGGGAAAAGGGGAGAGGAGCUUAGCUGAAAGACUGUUAGCUGAAACAGAGACAUGAACCAGUAGAGCUGUAGAUAUCUCCUUCCCACAACAGAGAGACAAAAGACUGACCACACCACUUCACUCUGUCCAACUCAAGAUCUGUUUUAAAGCUCAUUCUGCAGUUUUCUCCUCAGAGACUCAGUCCGGGGAAAAAAAAGCGCCCAUGUAUCCCAGUGACAUCACAAAUCUGUGUCAUUCAUCAUUUCUCAUACGGACAGCCGUGCUUAUUAAAGUGAUGAAAGAGCAAAGAAAAAAGGAAACAGAAAGUAUUUUUGUCAUGUAUACUGAUCUGAUAUGAUCGAGUCCCCAAACUGUAUUCCAUGCAGUGGCACGAACAGACCAUGAGAGUGUAUGUUGCCGAACCAAGACAAGGUCUGAACAUAUGUUUCCAUAAACUGCACUGUAGAACCAAUUUAUAAUGGAUAAGGAUUAACAAUAUAUAUAUAUAUAUAUAUAUAUAUAUAUAUAUAUAUAUAUAUAUAUAUAUAUAUAUAUAUAUAUAUAUAUAUAUUCUUUAAAAAAAUUCAAAUGAGCCACAGACAUAAACAGAAUCCACCGCUAAUCACAUCCCUCCUCUUUGAUUGUGUUGAUCAUCAUCAGAGUGGUAGAAACAGUAGCAACGCUCAAAGCAUGGCUGCUCAACUCAACAUAUCACCUUAACCUUGUUACUGUUAUUAUUGCCAUUUUAACUGUACACAGUUUUUUUUUUUUUUUUCUGAAGAAAGCGUUAAAUUAUUCUCCUCCCAACGUUCUCAUGCAUUCGAAACACUCUCUCUUUUUUUUUUGUAUGUGAUUUGUUCUUUGAUCAACAGUAUUGUUUUCUUUCGAGCACUGCUGUGCUUAAAUUGUUAAUAUAAUUAUUUAGUGAAGGACCAAAUUUGUAUGAUAAUGUAAGAUGUACAAAAUAAUUUCGAAAAAAUUCAUAGCAAAGAGUGUUGUGUGCCAAAUAACCCCCUUUUUUUUUUCCUGGACAAUCAUUUAUUUUUAUUUCCCAGUGGUUAUUAUAUGCUGUUUUCGUAGGGUUUUUUUCUCUCUCUCUUAUUGCCUGCUCACUCUAUGUAUUUGAUUUGAGGUGCAUUUGAUUUCUAUUUAUUUUUAGUUGUUUCAUCAUUAUAGAAAAAUAUGAUUCUAGAAAAAAAAAAAAGUAAAGAAAAACUGACCCAGUUUCACCCAGUUGUUGAAGGAAUUGAAUCUAUGACUGAGACUUUUAAUCUCAUUAAUGCUCUGAAGGAUAUUGUAUAGAGACCGGUAUGCCAAAAUGUAAAUGACAAAAUCACCUAUUUUAUUUAUAAGUUUGGCGUCGGCACCAGUCUGUUUGUGUUCGUUGUGAGGUUUGUUUUUAUUUUUCUCUUGCUCGACCAUUUUAAACUGUACAUACAGUGUGUGAUGUUGAACAAAUGGUUGAUUUCUUUUUCAUUUUUUUUAAAUGAAUCCUUUGAUUAAAGCAUCAGGUCACUUGAAUGGUGGGGCAUUAUAUUUGUACUGCUAUAGUCAGUUUUGCUUUCUGUUUUAGUCCGCCCGUUUUAAAAAACAGCAAAAGAAUGGUCACGUCAGUCUCUCUAACAGCGUCCGGUCCUGUGUGUUGAAUAGGAAACAGCAUGCCACUGUAUCCAAAACAAAUCCAAAUUGUGUGAUGGCAUCUUACAAACCAUCAGCACCGAGCUAAAAAUGUGGACCUUGGAUGCAACUGUGUUUUAUUUUUUUUUUUCCAUUCAAUUUUAUUAUUAUUAUUAUUAUUAUUAUUUUUUACAAAACAUAAGCAGCUGCUGUUAAUCGAAGGGGCUGGAAUGGGAUUAAAUCAACAGGAUCAAACGGUGAGCUGGGAAAUUUCUAUUUCUAACGCUGAUAGGUGAGUGUAGUUCAGGGUUGAGCAGGAAGCACAGCCCUUAAAAACACGCAUGUUACCCAAGUGCCAGGACUCAGGAGUCCUCGUGCAACUCUACUGAACUGUGAAUCCAGCGCAUGAAUCGUACAAAUAAAGACAACAACGAAACACAAACUCAUGAUGAAUGUGUAGAAUAGAUUCAAUGUGUUGCUAAUGUAUCAGACCUCUAGCAUUACUUUUCUUCUUCGGAUGGCAAUUAAAGAAAAGAAAAAAAAAAGUCAAAUCUGUCGUUAUUACUUCGUCCAUCGCAGCCUUUUCUUUUUUCUUUGCAUAUGGUCUCAAAUGUGUGCAAAUAGCACUUAAAAUACACAGCACUCCUGAUCUCAUCUGUGUCCCUUCAAAUUCUCCAAAUAAAGCCACUUGGUUUUAAACAAACACUUCAGCCACACUUUAUUCAUGAACAUCGUGUCGCACAUUUGGGGAAAACAUUAUGAACCACACAUUGUGUACUGCCCUGGAUAGAGAGAGUUUAUUUCAGUACUAUUGCAGAGCGCUGUUGUCUUUCUUUGCCACUAGAUGGCGAAGGCGUCUCUGUGUCGUUUUCCAUAUUGACCCGGUAGCUAGCUGUUCACACCUAAACUGGCCUAGCUGGAGAGAUUUAAUCAUACUGCAUAUGUCGAGGUUCAUGAUGUCACAUACUACUGUAAUACACAAGCGCUGUAGGUGGUGGAGAAAUAGAUCCACGACGAACCGUCCCAAACUGGUCUCGAUAUGAAAGUUGGUGUACUCCCCAAACCACCCCCCCACCCCCAACUGUUACAACACAAAACAAAUGUAAAGCCAUAACUCGUUAUGGUUCCUCUAAAAACUGUAUAGUGUUAUUAAAAAAAAAAAGAAAAGAAAUUGUUGCAUUCGUCUGCAAAUUCGUUUUAAAACAUGAGUUUGAAAAUAGAUGGUGCUUGUUUCAUUUGGAUCUGAGUUGUAUAUCGCUUCUGUUCUGUUUAUUGAAAGAAAACUGUUGUGCAUGACUUGUGUUUUAGCGGUCAUAAUGGUGUCCAUUUGUGAAAUGUGUAUCUUAAAUUAAAAAGGAGGUAAAAAAAAAAAAAAAAAGGUCAUAAAAAAUUACUGAAUUUGUAGAUGCACUUA